AUGUUUGGGACGCCAAGGAUCCUGAUGCUGGCUUUUGCACGGGCCAUCGGGUUUGUUGCGAAGGUUGGAGCAGCGGCUGGUGGGGACGAGGGCGUUGAGGGGGAAGGGGAGAUGGGGAAGAUGGAGAGGGAACAGUUGGAUUAUGAGGUACUAGCCUUCCGGAGCGAGUUGGAGCACGUCUGGCCCGGUAGACUGGAAGGCAGGCGGGAUACACGUAGGGUGUACUAUGGUGGGCGAAUAUGGCGACUCACUAUUUUGAUACUUGUGAUGAGCAAAACCCAGCACGUGCCCCUCUUCUCGCCGGACCUGAUUGCACAAGUCAGUGCAGUGUACGAGCUCUUGUCUGAGGCUGUUACAGAAAUCGGACAUCUGACUGGCUGGCUCUGGCCGCUCCUCAUCACCGCUUGUGCUUGUACAGACCCGGUCCAGAGACAGGGGUUUGUGGGGUUUUUGAGGUAUGCGAAAGGACAUAUUGGGGAUCGAGAUAAUUCGGAGGUUGCUCAUCGCGUAUGUCCUUCCCUGCCCCCUCCCUCCUCACUCCUAAACCCCGAGUGGAACAAGCGAAUGAUGAAGAGGCUGACGUUGGGGUAG